GUCUGUCUCAAGAAAGCGACACCACUAAUAGAAAAACUCACCAACAUAGCAUCUUCCCAGUUUGCCAUUUCCACAGAAGACCAAUACUCAACAGCCGCAAACCAAAAAAAAAAAACCGAACUUUACCAAUUACUGCUAGUCUGCUGUGCUCCAACAGCUCACGUCUCCCUUCAUAUGCCAAUUAUAACAAUAAUUCCGUCUCGAUCCCAAACUAACUGGGAUAGCAAAUUUCACAUGUGAAUUUUCAUAUGAAUUCAAUUCUUAAGAGCUUAUCUUUACUUUCAGCUCUCCAUGUGUAAAUCCAAGAAGAAAUUAAGCAAAGAAGUGAUGGAACCACAGCAGAAACCAAGAAGAUCUUCCUCUUCAUCAACCAAAAAGUUAUCAUCUUUCACUGAUCAAUCAUUAUCAUCUACGAGCCAGAAUUUAAUAUCCCCAAAUGGGUCUACAACAAGUUUCAUCAUCAACAAUUUCAACAACAAUAAAAACUCUCAAUCAUGGGCUUCUUCAUCAAAAUCAAGUCACCAUUCUUUAUCAAGUCUUAAGGGAGCAUUAUUAUUCCCAGAACAACCUCAUAUAUACAACUUCUCAGAAAUUCGUUCCGCUACCCAGAACUUUCUAAAAGAUCCACUUUCGUCCUCUUCUACUUCGACUUCGUGGUGCUGCCUCCUCCGUGAUCAAAACGUCGUCGUAAUACAGCGAAAAUUCCGCCGGAAAAUGGAUACCGAUGAGCUUAUUGAACACGUGGCGAUGAUUUGUAGAAGCCAUCAUUCUAGCUUAAUCCCGCUUAAAGGAGCUUCGGUAUCUGGUAAUUAUAUUUAUUUGGUAUAUGAAUAUACUCAAGGAGUUAAUUUAUCAGAAGCUUUACGAAAUCGUAGAAACCCUAAUUUUACAGUUCUUUCGAAUUGGAUAUCGAGGAUUCAAAUUGCUUCUGAUAUUGCUCAUGGUUUAGAUUACAUCCAUCAUUCUACUGGUUUAGGUUUAGGGUUUGUGCACAAUCACAUUAAAAGCACGAGUAUUAUAAUAACUGAGCCCUCGUUGCAUGCGAAAAUCUGCCAUUUUGGGACGGCGGAGCUUUGCGGGGAGACACGGAAUGAAAUUAAGGAUCCGAGUAGUGAAAUCGGGCCGAAGAAGGGGACCGAAUUGAAGAAAUGUGGAAGUAAGGGUUUGAAAUUUGAGGGGACGAGAGGGUAUAUGGCGCCGGAGUUUCAGUGGACAGGGAUGGCGACGGUGAAGAGUGACGUGUACGCUUUUGGUGUGGUGGUUUUGGAGUUGAUUUCGGGGAAAGAGGCGGUGAAAUACGAGGUUGAUGAGGAGAGCGGUGGGUAUACUAGGAUUUCGGUGAUCGAAACGGCGGCGAAAGCGGUGGAUAACGGCGGUACAGGCUUGAGGGGGUGGGUUGAUAGGCGGUUGAAGGAUUCGUACCCGGUGGAUGUGGCGGAGAAAUUGGUGCAUCUCGGGUUGGAUUGUGUGGAGACUAACCCGAAUAACAGACCGGAUAUGGGUCGGGUUACGGGUCGAAUUUCGCAGAUGUAUUUGGAGUCCAAGACUUGGGCUGAGAAGUUUGCUCCGCUUACUGACUUUACUGUUUCUUUAGGACCUCGUUGAAUAAUUUUGCUUUUUUACUAUUUUUUAUUCUUCUCUUUUUCAUUUUUUAGUUGAAAAUUUUGGUAUUUUAUA